AUGGUGAAGCUGUUCAUCGGAAACCUGCCCCGGGAGGCCACCGAGCAGGAGAUCCGCUCGCUCUUCGAGCAGUACGGGAAGGUGCUGGAGUGCGACAUCAUUAAGAACUACGGCUUCGUGCACAUAGAGGACAAGACGGCGGCCGAAGAUGCCAUCCGCAACCUGCACCACUACAAGCUGCACGGGGUGAACAUCAACGUGGAGGCCAGCAAGAACAAGAGCAAGACCUCCACCAAGCUGCACGUGGGCAACAUCAGCCCCACUUGUACCAACCAAGAGCUCCGGGCCAAGUUCGAGGAGUACGGCCCGGUCAUCGAAUGUGACAUCGUGAAAGAUUACGCCUUCGUCCACAUGGAGCGGGCCGAGGACGCGGUCGAGGCCAUCAGGGGCCUUGACAACACAGAGUUUCAAGGCAAAAGAAUGCAUGUGCAGUUGUCCACCAGCCGCCUUCGGACUGCGCCGGGGAUGGGAGACCAGAGCGGCUGCUAUCGGUGUGGGAAGGAGGGGCACUGGUCCAAAGAGUGUCCGAUAGAUCGUACGGGCCGCGUGGCAGACUUGACUGAGCAGUAUAACGAACAGUACGGAGCUGUGCGCACGCCUUACACCAUGGGCUAUGGGGAGUCCAUGUAUUACAACGAUGCAUAUGGAGCACUGGACUACUACAAGCGUUACCGGGUCCGCUCUUACGAGGCAGUGGCGGCGGCAGCAGCAGCUUCUGCGUACAACUACGCAGACCAGACCAUGUCCCAUCUGCCUCAAGUCCAGAACACGGCUGUGACCAGUCACCUCAACUCCACUUCUGUUGAUCCCUACGACAGACACCUGCUGCCGAACUCCGGUGCUGCUGCCACCUCAGCUGCUAUGGCUGCUGCCGCGGCCCCUUCUUCCUAUUACGGGAGGGACAGGAGCCCCAUUCGUCGUGCUGCAGCUGUGCUCCCCGCAGUGGGAGAGGGCUACGGUUACGGGCCAGACAGUGAGCUGUCUCAGGCUUCGGCAGCUGCACGGAAUUCCCUGUAUGACAUGGCCCGGUAUGAGCGGGAGCAGUAUAUGGACCGAGCGCGGUACUCAGCCUUUUAA